AGCUCAAAACAAAUGAUGUUGGUUGCUGCUUGCUAAUCACGUGCUUCGUGUGAAAUUAUUUGCAACAGCUGGUGAUAUCUGAGGGAUUUUUAGCCUCGUGAUCUGCCAGUCUUCUAUGGCGAGUUUGGUUUGUAAAAAAAUGCUUUUAGGAAACUCCAUGGUGGUAGCCCGCUAGUCGCAUCGCUGCGCGCAUCGCCUGUUACGGAUCGAUGCAAGAAGGCUGUUUCUGUGGGCGCUCGAUGCCUUUUCAUCUUUGGAAAUACUGUUGCUUGAGAUCGUAGCAGUCACAUGUAGUGUCAGUGAAUUCAGGAGACAGCGUUCGAGAUUCGAAAUCGAAGCCAUGGAGGGGGGUCUGGGCCUCAAGUGCUAUUGUGAUAUCUGCCCCAAUCACACUUGUGAAACCGAUGGCAUAUGUUUCGCCACCACAACAAAAUCCAAGGGGGGCGCCCUCACGCAUCAGUACCGGUGUCUCGACAAAAAAAAGAUGUUCCCUCCUGACAAUCCGGUGGCGUGUUCAAAGUCGGGCUCACACAAUCCUACCCAUAUGGUCAUAAACUGCUGCUCCAAUUAUGACUUUUGUAACCGCGAUCUCCGUCCAACCCUUCCUGCGGCCACAGAGGCUUCAGGCAAUACAGUGGUGGCUUCGUCCUGGCCUAGUACACAUGAGCUGGCUUUUGCCAUUGGAGGCCCCAUAUGCCUUGUGUGCGUGGUGCUCAUGGUGGUGUACCAGUUGUGGCAGCAGCGGAGGCGCCAUUUUCGUUACGAGAUGGAGACGAGCCUGGAGAGUGAGCCAAUCUUGCUUCCUCCUGGCCAGACCAUCAAGGACAUGAUUGAGAUGACCACUUCUGGCUCUGGCUCAGGUUUGCCAUUGCUGGUGCAGAGGAGCAUAGCACGCCAGAUUCAACUGGUAGAAGUCAUCGGAAAAGGCCGCUAUGGCGAAGUGUGGCGAGGCCGGUGGCGUGGCGAAUCUGUGGCAGUGAAAAUAUUCUCAUCGCGGGAUGAGCGGUCAUGGUUCCGGGAGGUGGAGAUCUAUCAAACAGUGAUGCUAAGGCAUGACAACAUUCUUGGUUUCAUAGCAGCUGACAAUAAAGAUAAUGGAACAUGGACACAGUUGUGGCUCAUCACAGACUACCAUGAAAAUGGCUCACUCUUUGACUACUUGAUGAGGAUACCAGUGGAUAUAGCAACAAUGUGCAAAAUGGCUUAUUCCAUUGCCAAUGGUCUGGCACAUUUGCAUAUGGAGAUCCUUGGCACUCAAGGAAAACCGGCUAUCGCUCAUCGUGAUAUCAAAAGCAAGAAUAUUUUGGUGAAAAGCAGUGGGGCAUGUGCCAUUGCUGAUCUUGGACUGGCUGUGCGUUACGACUCGGCCACCAACUCUGUCGACAUCCCACCAAAUCCCCGAGUGGGCACCAAGCGCUACCUAGCGCCUGAGGUGUUGGACGAAACCAUCAAUAUGAACCACUUUGACUCAUUCAAGCGUGCUGACAUCUAUGCCCUAGGAUUGGUACUCUGGGAGAUUGCUCGCCGCUGCAACAUCGGAGGCAUCUAUGAAGACUACCAGCUGCCCUACUAUGACCUUGUGCCGGCCGACCCCACUAUUGAGGAGAUGCGCAAGGUGGUCUGCACAGAUCGGCAGAGGCCUGCCCUUCCGAACCGCUGGCAGUCGUGUGAGGCGCUGCGUGUGAUGUCCAAGAUCAUGAAGGAGUGCUGGUACCACAAUUCAGCUGCCCGGCUAACAGCUCUUCGCAUCAAGAAGACCAUUGCCAACCUUGGAGCCCAGGAGGACCUGAAAAUCUGAAGCAGGACCGCAAACCGUUAUUUUCCUGUGCCUUUUGCCAUGCCUGGAGUGUGGCAUUCUUCGACAGUGUCUCCUGACCUCCCUUCUUUGGUGUCUUGUUGUCGUACGAGCCAGAGACAUCAAAAAGCCCCCAUUGAGAGCAGGCUCAGUCAGUGGUGACAUUAUGUGACUGAUGUGUAUCCGCUGCCAAUUUUAAACGUGUAUGCAUGUUGUAAGCUUCUUCUUUCUUUUGCCUCAAGUAAUUUAAGUUGCAAGUGACAGCAUCUCAAGUGCUCAGUUUUUGUGUAUGGGAUCAAGUGUUUUUCUGGAGCUCAUGGUGCUUCUGUGGACAGUUGAUGGUUUGUUUCUUGCCUGGUAGUUUCCCAUGCUGUGAAAUACUCCUGUUUGUGUUGGUGGCAGCAUCUGCACGAACCAGUUAUGCUUUUCCUUUGUGCAGAGAAUUGCUGGCGAGCCCGUGCAGUGCUAUUAUUGGCCGUGUCAUGAGAUGCCAAUAUGGGGACUGAAUUCGCCAAUAUGGGGACUGGAAUUUUACGGGCAGAUUCAUGAUUUUUUUUUACCAACAAAAGCUUCAUGCUAACUUAUUGUAAGUAAGCCUUUAGAGGCAGCAUUGUCACAUGAUCACUUGGUAAAUAUUCUUAAUAUUUGAUGUGCAUUUUACAAUUAAAGGGAUGCUGAAAAAACAACAAAAAGUACAGCUGUGUUGGAAUGCAUUAAACCAAAGAUGCUCACGAA